CCACUUCCGCUCGCUGUCACAGCUCCCAGCACAGGGACGCGGCGGCUCCGGGCCGGCCCCGGUGCGGACCCAGCUGCUCCUGCGCUGGGGGCGGCCCUCCCGUUAGAACCGGAGCCUUGGGGGCCACCAGCCCUGAGCGAGAGCGGGGCUUGGCCCGGGGCUGGGCUGCUGCGCCCCUUCCCGGGGGCGGUGUGGCACCUGGGGUAGCGGAGGGAGGCCGGGGGCAGCAGGGACCGUGUCCUGCGCUCCUGGCCUUCCCUUGCCGUGCUAUCGCCGUCCUCCCUAACGGGCCGGAAUAGGGAGAAGCACGUCCAAAGGAUGUUUCCAAGUGUAACAUUCGGAGUUUAUUUAGACUAAUUAAAAGAUACUACAUCUUCCCAACAUAACUUAAUGCCUCCUUGUUUUAUCACUAAACACCACUGUGUUCGGCUUUUGGCAGCUGGCGCGCUGCAUAUUUAGCUGCUGUUUUUGCUUCCACAGGGGCUGGCUGGUGGCUCCCUCUUUCCCACAACAUCUGCCUGUAUUUUCCCAUCCGCGAUGUUACUUCUGCUCUUUGCACCGAGGCCUCACCGUACGCUUGACCAGUCCGACUAAAUGGCCGGAGUCACGUGAAAACACUGUCAUUUCUGAACUUGGUGACCAGCUGUUCUCACGACUGUCACCCCCACUCCACUGAUACACUUACAGGGCAACCUCAGGCUUUCUCACAGCCUGGGUGCUGUAUCUCAGGUGGGCUCCCCUCCUCCUCGAGCACCCGCAGGAUGGUGUCGGGUUGCCCCGCAGCCGGAGCGGGGCUGGCCCACCCGCGGGCGGAUGAUGGAGCUGAAGAGUGCCUUCUCCCGGUUGGCACCCGGACAGUGCAGCGGAAGGAGGGGAAGAGCCUCGCUCAGCCCCAGGCGGGUUUGGAGGGUUGCUGCCCCAGGCUGGAAGUGCGGGCGCAAAGGGGAUGUUGGUCCUUGGCCAAGAGGAUGGCCGCGUCCACCCGGCCCUGGGACCACGAGCUGACAUCGGAGCUGCUUUGGCUUGUACAGCCGGCUGCCCUGCUGAGGGCCGGGCUUUGGCAGCUCUCGCUAGCUCUCCUGCCAUGGGUGCCUGCUGCCCACGUGCUCCAGCAACUGCCCUGUCCCACUGCUGACCGUGCACCGGACAGUGCGUCGGGGCCUUCUGCCCCUCUGACCUGCUCUAAAAGAGGCCAGGAGGGCUGGGGCUUCCCCCUCACCCCGCGGGUGAGUGCUGGGCGGCACGGCGCCAGGGCGCGUUGAACGUGUUUGGGGUGCCCCAGAAGCUGAGGAAACACGCUGGGAACGUGCAGGAUGAAACCAGUGUUGCUGCCUGGCUGCCAAAGGCCCCAGGGCUCACAGGGGAAACGGCAGCUGGGGCUGGCUUGCAGGCCCUGCACGCUGAGGGGCGAUGGCAGACAAGAAGCUCCUGGAGGUGCGGACAAGCUUUGUGGAGCGCGUGGGGAAGCCCGUGAUCUCCGGGCUCCUGGAUGACCUGCUAGCCCAGCGGGUGCUGAGCUCCGAGGAGGUGGACACGGUGCAGGACCAGUACACGCUGCGUGCUGACAAGGCCCGCUGCCUCAUUGACAGCGUGCGCCUGAAGGGCCACAGGGCCAGCAAGAUCCUCAUCGAGAGCCUCAGGCAGCGCGAUGGCCUCUUGGCAGAGGAGCUGGGUCUGGGCACUGACUCGGGGCCCCCUGGCACGCAGCUGGUCUCCCCCAGCACUGAUGUCACCCCCAGGCCCCCCGCCAGCACCCAGGGCCAGCAGUGGAUCCAGCAGUGCUCUCUGAGCGAGUACCAGCGCAUCUGUGAGGCAGAGGGAAAUCAGAUCUAUCCCAUAUACCUGCCACGGGAGACGCGAACCCGCAGGGCCCUGCUUAUCUGCAACAUUGAAUUUGAGUACUUGAGCAAGCGGCGUGGGGCUGAAAAAGAUGUGGACGGGAUGACGAAGCUGCUGGAAGGACUAGGCUACAAGGUGGAAAUCCACAUCGACUUAACUUCCCAGGAGAUGGCCAAGGUCUUGAAGGAUUUUGCCAGUUGCAAGGAGCACCAGAACUCUGACAGCACAUUCCUAGUGCUCAUGUCCCAUGGGGUCAGGGCUGGGCUCUGCGGGACCAAGAGCAGAGACAGGAACACAGACAUCCUUUCCCUCGAUACCAUCUAUGAGACCUUCAACAACAAGCACUGCCAGGCACUGCUGGACAAACCCAAAGUGCUCAUCAUCCAGGCCUGCCGGGGAGAGAAAGCUGGCUCUGUGCUGGUGAGAGACUCCAACAUCCCUGAGACGACUGGUCCCAGCUUGCCUCCCACGACCACUGCAGGGCUGGAAAGUGAUACAAUCCGUGAAGUCCACCUGGAGAGUGAUUUUGCCUGUUUAUACUCCUCCACCCCUGAUACUGCUGCCUGGAGAAGCCCCCAAACUGGCUCCAUUUUCAUCCAAUACCUGAUAGAGCAAUUUAGAAACUGUGCCUACAACAGCCAUUUGCGUGAGAUCUUCCGAAAGGCCCUAAGGAGCAGGCUGUUUCAGAAAGGGGUCCAGGUCCUCCAGUUCGGCCUGGAAAAUCAGCUUGAUCUCCAGAGGCAUCAGAAUCCUGCCCCAUGGUGGGCACACAAGGGCCUGGCACGUUGGUGCAGCCUACGGUAUCCCUUCCACCACUAGACAUGUUCCUGGGGAUGCCCUGCUCCUGAUUCCAUGCACUGUUUCUGUGCUGGAGAUGGAGCUGCUCCCAUUUUCCCCACUGUCUCUCUCACCUCAGGUCCAACAUUCCUUUGACAAAUUUCCUCAGCAGUUGCCAGCAGA